AUGGGAUGGGCUGUUUGGAGCCACCACAUGUUCACGGUGGGAUUGGGGCCCGUGGCUGUGUCCGUGUUCAUGAUUACGACCAUGCUGAUAGCAGUGCCUACGGGGGUGAAGAUCUUUAACUGGAUCGGGACCCUGUGGGGCGGCUCUAUUGACCUCAAGACCGCAAUGUUAUUUGCGCUGGGGUUCGUUGCGCUGUUUAUUGUGGGUGGCCUAAGCGGCGUCUCCCACGCUGUGGCGCCUUCAGACAACCAGCAGCAGGACACUUAUUACAUCGUUGCGCACAUCCAUUACGUACUUUUUGGCGGCUCGCUGUUUGGAAUUUUCGCGGGUGUCUACUACUGGUUCCCCAAGGUUACCGGCAAGCUUUUGCAUGAAGGCUUGGGCAAGCUGCACUUCUGGCUCUACUUCAUCGGCAUGAAUGUUACCUUUUUCCCGAUGCAUUAUCUGGGCCUCAACGGAAUGCCUCGGCGCAUAUAUACCUAUGCGAGUGAAUUCGGCUGGGAUGGCUUAAACCUGCUGGCUUCAUUGGGAUACCUUGUUCUGUUCGUUGGUACGCUGCUCUUUAUCGUUAAUUUGAUGAUCAGUCUGCGGAAGGAACCUGAUUCAGGUCACGAUCCAUGGGAUGCGCCUGGCCUCGAGUGGAGCAUAGCUUCGCCACCGCCAGCCUACAAUUUUGCGGAGAUCCCACAGGUCGAGGGCUUGGAUCAUUAUUGGAUUGUCAAGCGUCGGGCCGAGGCUGAGGGUACCCCUGUUACGGGACCCGAGGCGCCUGUGGAUCCCAGCACCAUUCACAUGCCUAGUCCCUCUUAUUGGCCAUUGGUUACGGCCAUAGGGGUCCUGAUUCUGGCAGGUGGGAUGCUGGUUGAUGUUGGGUGGGACUAUAUACGUUUCCCGAUCCCCUUCAUCGGCGGAAUUAUCUGCUUCAUCGGAAUAGUGGCCUGGGCCAAUGAACCUGCUGCCGAGGAGCAUGCCGGCGGUGAGCAUCAUGGAGGAGCAGAAGGCCAUGCCAUGGAAGACGGCGCUACGGCGGUGAUGGAACGCCCCGCCGGUGCGGCUGCGCUUACGAUCCGGCUGCUUUGCUCUAACUGCGGUAACCAAUUGUCAACGGCUUUCCGGUUCUGCCCCUAUUGCGGCGGGGCGGUAGAAGAUCCCGCUGAACCACACUACGAGGAGGGGUAG